AUGGAUGCAGCCGGUACGGAAGAAUUCGCCAGCACCGAGAGAACGGCUCGUGCUAAGAUGGACAAGAUUGUUUGGGACCGAUUCAGUGAAACCAUCGAACGAAGGGUAGACGGAUAUUACGUUACUCUUCCUUGGAAAGAUCAAUACCCGCAUUUGCCAGACAAUAAAGCGAUAGCCUACAGACGCUUAGUUAACGUGUGGAAUUCGCUGAGUAAGGACGAGCAACUCCUAGAUAGAUACAAUAGCGUAUUCAAAGACCAAUUACAUCAGAAAAUCAUCGAGAUUGUUCAAGAAGGAGAUCCUGUACAGGGAAAUCAAGUGCACUACAUUCCACAUCAACCGGUUCUAACUCCGCAGAAAACAGCAACGAAAUUGAGCAAUUUUUUGACGCAUCGGCUCACUACAAGGGAUCUACAAGGGAAAAUAGCAAUAACAGCGGAUGUUGAAAAGCGUUCCUCCAAGUACGACUGCACGAAAAGGAUAGGGACGCAACACUGUGUCUUUGGCUUCAUAACCAUAAGUUGCCCCCGUUCUCCGUCAAUAUCCAAACAUUACGAUCUACUCGGGUUACCUUCGGAAUAA